AUGUCGGGGACCACCCUUUCCGUCGUGCUCGCCGAGAGGCCGGUCUUGCCAUCUCAGAAUGAAUAUGACUUCAAGUCUGGCGAGAUUCUCGUAUGUGCUUUAAAAGGUGACACUUACGUCCCCGUCGUCAAAAUUGGCAAACAAAUGCGCGGCGUCGUUCUCGCUCAAGUCAUUGCUUCCAAGAACGUGCAGAUCGGGACUGGCAAUGUUGUCGUUUCUAAUCACGUUGGGUGGAGAGAGGAGGCCACCCUCCCAGAGGGCCAGUUCGAGAAAGCAUCAGAGCUAGUACCUGGUUCCGAAAUCACUGGCAUUCUAGGUGCUUAUCAUUGGACAGGCCUCACGGUCUAUUUUGAGCUCGACAAAAUCGGUAAGCCAAAGGCAGGGGAGACUGUUGUUAUUUCAGGGGCGGCCGGCGCCAUGGGGAGCAUCGCAGGCCAAUUAGACAAGAUUGCCGGGCCUAGAGUCAUAGGCAUAGCUGGAGGCGAUGAAAAUUUGAGGAGGCUACUCCGGACCUUAUUGAUGUGUACUUCGACAACGCCAAUCGGCGGUGAGAGUCUGGAAAUGGCACUCUCGGGGGCUCAGCUCUUUUCUCGCUUUGUCAUGUCGGGGUCAAUCACACAGCACAACUCGGCGACACCCACCGGCCCCAAGGCAAUACCUAAGCUUUCCAGAAUGCAAGGGUUCAUUGUCCUAGACUACGCUGACGAGUUCGACGACGCCAGACGCCAGCUUGCCCAGUGGACCUCGGAUGGGAAGAUCCACACCAGAGCGACCAUUGUUGAUGGUGGCCUGAAGGUCGCUGAACAGGCUCUGCAAGGGAUCUUUAGCGGAGCCAACACUGGUGAAUUGCCCAUACUGGUGCUGAUCCCUGCGGUUUAA